CUUCCAUUGUUCUCAUUAGGUGAUUGAGGAAAGCAAUGCGGAAAAUCUGCCCAGUUGACGUAAGUUGAUUCCUUUGAUCAUGAGCAAGGGAGGUUAUGUGAUAGCCAUUUUCUCUGGUUGAAUCAUGGAGCUCCGUCUGCAUGUUUCUAGCUUUGCUCUUUUAGCUUUUGUGAUCUCUGUGAGUGGAUCUGAACAGCGCACUGCUGCGAAAACUGGUCAUACACGAUCAUACAGCUUUAUUCACGAUGAACCACUUCGAUUCGGGUCCCUUAAGCGUGCAGAUCCCGACCUCAUAGAGGAAAAAGACGAGGGAUGUGACAGUGAUCCGUGUAUGUACGGUGGAACAUGUAUUGACACCAAACGUGGAUUCAAGUGUAGCUGUCGACCGGGAUUUCGCGGAAAACGCUGUGAUUGUGUUGUCAAGGAAUGUAAAAACGAAAAUCCAUGUGAGCAUAAUUCGACCUGUAUCGAUCUUGGAGAAGACCAGUAUGAAUGCAAAUGCCGUUGCGGUUUUAGAGGGGAACAUUGUGAAUAUGACAUCGAUGAAUGCGCCAGUGGUUUGGCAUGCGAUAACGGGGCUACUUGCAUCAACACUAUUGGAAGUUACAAAUGUGAAUGCAGACCAGGAUUUGAAGGGCGAAGGUGUUGUGAUGAUAUAGACGAGUGUGGUUUCUUACACUACUAUCCGUGUGAAAACGGCGGGUCUUGUUACAACACCUAUGGUAGCUACAGAUGCGCAUGUACCAUGGGCUUUGUUGGAAAACAGUGUGAACAAGAUUUAGAUGAAUGUUCUUACAAUCCCUGUAAGAAUGGCGCCACAUGCAUCAACACUAAAGGAAGCUAUCGAUGCUCAUGCACAGACGCCUACGAGGGAAAGCGUUGCGACCAAGAUGCAGAUGAAUGUGUCAAAAACAACCCAUGUCAGAAUGGAGCAACGUGUACCAACUUACCUGGAGAUUAUCAGUGUUCUUGUCCAAAUGGCUUUGAAGGGAAAAACUGCGACGAAGAUAUCAACGAAUGUCAUUCCAGCCCCUGUCUGAAUGGUGGUACCUGCAUGAACUUAAUAGGCACAUUUCAAUGUCUCUGCGGAUACAAUUCCACUGGAGCACUUUGCGACCAAACAUGUACAUCGCCUCUUGGCAUGGAGAGUGGCUUUAUCAAAGAUGUACAAAUCACCGCCUCUUCACAAUUCGAUGGCAAUCAUGCCGCAAUCCAGGCAAGGUUAAACUUUCAGGCAGGUGGAGGUAGAGCAGGAGGAUGGUCAUCUCGAACAAAUAAUGUCAAACAAUGGAUUCAAGUCGAUCUUGCUAGUUACACAAAAGUAUCACAAAUAGUAACACAAGGAAGAAACGCAUUUAACCAGUGGGUAACCAAAUACAAGCUGCAAUACAGCGAUGAUGGAGUCAACUUCCACUUUUACCAACUACCAGGCCAAAAUUCACCUGAGGAGUUCGAUGCGAAUUAUGAUAGCGACACACCUGUAUCCCACCAGUUGAGCCUGCCAAUCAGCACACUCUACAUAAGGGUUAGACCAACAGCUUGGCACAAUCACAUAUCAAUGAGAAUGGAGCUUUAUGGCUGCCCAGCGUGCAGAAAACCCCUGGGGAUGGAAAGUAGUCUCAUCCAAGAUUCUCAAAUCACCGCCUCUUCACAAUACGAUGACAAUCAUGCAGCAAUCCAGGGUAGGCUGCACUUCCUGGCAGGUGGAGGCAAAGCAGGAGGAUGGUCAUCUCGAACAAAUGAUGCCAAUCAAUGGAUUCAAGUCGAUCUUAAUAGUUACACCAAAGUAACACAGAUAGUAACACAAGGAAGAAAUGCAUAUAACCAGUGGGUAACAAAAUACAAGCUGCAAUACAGUGGAGACGGAAUCACCUUCUACUAUUAUCAGCCACCAGACCAUAGUUCACCCAAGGUGUUCGAUGCAAAUCAUGAUAGCGACACUCCUGUGCCCCACCAGUUAAGUCCUCCAAUCAGCAAACGCUACGUAAGAGUUAACCCAACAGCUUGGCACAAUCACAUAUCAAUGAGAAUGGAGCUCUAUGGGUGUGAAGAGAAUGUCUUGUCCAUAAACAUUUGUGAGAACUUCAAAGCAAGUAUCGCAUGCCUGAACGGAGGAGUCAUCAAGAUCGUGGAUGCGUCUUAUGGAAGGCAUGACGGACAGACAUGUCCCCAUCCGAGUAUCCAAACCACCAACUGCCAUGCCGGGAGUUCUCUUGCUGUUGUGCAGAGCAGUUGUGAUAACCAGGCCAGCUGUGAGCUAGAUUCAAGCAACUCUGUGUUCGGGGAUCCAUGUGUUGGAACAUUCAAAUAUCUACAGGUCCAAUACCAGUGCAUUCGUGUUCCAGCCGUUACCAUUUGUGAAGGCAACAAAGCCGCCAUAAGCUGCAACGAUGGAAGGAAAAUCAGCGUGCUGGAAGCUUCAUACGGCAGACAUGACGGUCAAACAUGUCCCCAUCCAAGUAUUCUCACCACCAACUGUAAUGCUGGAAAUUCCCUUGGUAUUGUGCAGGGCAAUUGCAACGACCAAGCUAGCUGCGAGCUGGAUUCCAGCAAUUCAGUGUUUGGUGAUCCAUGUUUCGGAACAUACAAAUAUCUUGAAGUCAAAUAUCGGUGCAUUCGCUAGAUCAAUUCCCGCAACUGAAUAAUGACAGGAGGCAGGACACAAGCAAGUCUUAUAGAUUAAAUAGUGCACAUGAAUAACAUCCGAACCUACACUCGACAAGUAGUAGAUCGCGCCAUUGUUAAUUAUUAAGUAUAAAUCAUUGUAUUGCCAUGUUAGAAUAAUGCCUAGGCCACAAUGAAAGUAAUGAGUCUGUUGCAGUAGACAGGAGCUGUAUAUCAAUGUUAAUGACACACUGCUGUUACAACAGGACAAUAGAUAUCCGCGUUAUUAGCCCAGGAUGGAUUGUAAUCCCAUCCAGAAAGCCUGAAGAGUUAUUUACUUGUCAGUUUCAUGGUGAGUAAGUAGACCUGGGUAUUCUUUCACGAGGAAUUAUAACCGGUAACCUAUUAAGUUCUUUUUUUCAGCGAUAUAUUUAAGAACACUUGAAAAAUUUAGAAAGUUCGUGGUUUCCGGCUGUAUUUUUGUAUCAAACAUGAGUUUGGCCGGCCUCGUUAUUUGUUACAAUUGUAGACUAACUGCCAAUUUUGUCCAAAGAUAGUUCAUUUAUUCACUUAAAAAUAAAGAAAAGGUUUUCAAAGUG